AUGACUGAAGAAUGGGGUUACGAAGAAGCUCCAGACGAUGAGAAGCUCGAGAUUGUGCAGCGGUUUCUUAUGGCUAGUCCACCUGGUCAAAUUAAUGAAGUGCUGCGCGAUGUAGUUAAGCUUGUGCCAGAGCAUGUACUGCCCAAUGAGGUGCUACGGGAUGCAUUACAUACGUAUAAUGUCAAGAAUUGCGUGCCUGUAGAUGUUCCUGAUGCGGACUAUAAGAUUUUGAUCUGUAAGGAAGGAGAAGUGGAUGUCGAUCAUUAUGUAGACCAUAUUGGCCAUCGUGUACUUGGUUUUGAUCAUAUUAAACAACAGAUUGUGCCUGACGAUAUUGCUGAAUUGCCUGAGGAAAGAGUCAGUGAUUUUGAGAAUGAAAGACAAGAAGUUCAAAAGGGUUUGCAAUCGUAUCUUCAGUUUGAAUUCAUGCAUGGAGGAACUGCUGGAGUGUAUAUUGUGGGUACAAAAUUAGUCGUAAACCUCUGUGCGGAGCGAAUUAAUCUUCGUAAUUAUUGGGGCGGACGUUGGAAGUCACGAUGGGAAGUGGAUUUAUCACGGACUCCACUUCUUGUCAAUGGCAAUAUUGAACUUCAUGUUCACUACUUUGAAAAUGGCAAUUUACAGCUUCAAAGUUCCAAAAGUAUUGAACAAGAGAUUACGAGCGAACGUCCUGGUGGGAUUGGCGAUGCCAUUGUGCGCGUUAUGAAAGACGCAGAAGAUAAAUUACAAUUGAAUCUUGAAGAUAUGUACAUUAACAUGUCGGAAGAAACGUUUAAGGAAAUGCGUCGUGUCAUGCCUGUGACGCAAACAAAAAUGGAGUGGAAUUUGCAUGCACAUCGCACGGCUAAAGAUCUCGGACGCAAAUAA